AUGUCCAAGGACCUUACCGGAAAGCCAUGUGCCGCUUCCGUGGUGAAGGAACGCAAGGGCGCUUGGAGAACAAACCGGGGUCGGCGACUCCCUGGCGCAAAGGAUGCAAAGAAAGAAACCAUCAAAGACCAGGUCAAACGCUUGACAGCGAUGGACACAGACCAGGUCUUGCAGAAUGCAACCCUUUUCAAGGACAUCCUUGACAGUGCAGACUUUGAAGGGUCGCAUCUGUACAAAGUCAUCACCAUGUUAGCAUCCAAGGACUUGCUGGAAGACACUCGCUCGGAUCGAAUUUAUCGCCUCUUCCUGGAAUCAAAUGCGAUGCAGGCUUGCCUGCGAACAACGAUUAUCAAGCAAGGCGCAGGACGUCAUCAAGGAAAUUUUCUGGAGGAGUGCUUGAAGGUCAUGGUUGAAAUCGUGAUGCGCAGCGCGGCCCCAAAGGAGCUGCGUGGUCAGCUGCCUCUGGUUGAACUGAUUGAGGCCUGGGAGAACAGUGUUCGAAUGGGCUCUUCCGUGGCACGCAAAGGACUAUCAGAGGAUGUCAUCACUAUGCUUAAAUGCUUGGAGAAGACGUUCCCCGAGGAGGUCUCCUUGGACAGGGUGCUCGGUGCCAAGGCCCCGAAGAAGCAGAGGACAGUGGCCGAGGACGCUACAGAGAUCCUGGAAGCAAGCCACUACGAGGAAAUGCCGAUUCUCCCCACAUCAGCAGAAAUGAUUGGACACUGCGCCUUCGAAGUACAGGAGAACAUGCAGACGUACGAGAAGUGCGCGGACUAUAUCCAGACGCAUUUCAUGCUGCUCAGGGAGGACUAUAUCGAGCCUCUUCGAGCUGGCAUCAAACUGUUCAUGCAGGGGCGUCACUCUCCAAAGGAUUUGCAUGUCUAUACCGGCGUCAAGGUGGUGGGCGUGUUGAGUACGUGGGAAGGCCUUGUAUACCGCAUCGAGCUGCGUAAGGAGGAGAUUCGUAAAGUGAGCUGGGAAAAGUCAAAGCAACUGAUGUACGGAAGCCUUUUGUGCUUCUCAGAUGAUGACUUCAAGUCCUUGAUUUGGGCAACGGUUUGGCGGCGAGAUCCUACGCUCAUGUCUACGAAGGCACAGCUGGACAUCCGACUGCCUUUCGAUCCCUGGGACGACAGGCUUUCGCCCGGCAAGGUGUUCUGCUGCAUUGAAAACGUGACAAUCUACUUUGAGGCAUACCGACAUGUGUUGAUUGCGCUCCAGAACAUGAGGGCACCUGACGUGCCUUUUCAGCACACACUGCUGAGCCCACAGCCAGAUCCUUUGCCUCCGACAUACCUCAAGGACGACACCGACAUGUUUCACUUCCACAACGUGUUCUCCAGUUGUGAGAAGGCUGAUUUCUCAGCUCCGAAGUCUUUUCGCAUCUUGGCAGAGUGGCCCCCAGCUCUGCGACAGGCGUUGGACCUGGACCCAUCUCAGCUGGAUGCUGUGCAGCAUGCGCUGACCCACCAGAUGGCCUUGAUCCAAGGGCCGCCUGGUACCGGGAAGACAUUUGUCGGCCUGAAGAUUGUCCAGGCGAUCCUGGACAACACAAGACUCCUGCGGCAUUCACCGGUCCUGGUGGUGUGUUACACAAACCAUGCUCUGGACCAGUUCCUGGAGGGAAUCUUCAAGUUCUGCGAAAGUACCGUGCGGAUAGGUUCGCGAUCAAAGAGCGAGCAGAUGAUGCGGAGAAAUCUCAAGGAGCUUGUCAUGGGAGUGCCACCAAGCAGGGAAUUCAAUCAGGCACGGAAAGUUCUGACGGAUCGUCGAGACUACCUGCGAGACGAGCUCACAAAGGCCCUUGCCCAAGUUGACAGCCACACAGUAUCUGCUGCCCAAGCGAAGUCUCUGAUGUCCGAGCAGCAGUUUGAGGAGUUCUACCAGGGCUUCCGGGACUAUUUGGGCGACUCCAAGGAAGAUUUUCCAGAGGAUCCUUGGGUGGUCGAUGAUGACAUCUGGUCCAGAGUGAUGAAGGAGUGGCUUGGAACAAGUGAUCCAUCAAGAUUUGCUCCCGUUCCCAAACAUCAGGGAGGUGGUCUUCCAUCGUUCAAGACGUUUGGCCUUUCGGAAGAUAGUGAUGAUGACGACUAUGCUCCAUAUGGCUCCAAAGACGAUGGAGAUGAGGAGGAGGCUGCAAAUGAAAUUUACGAGCGCAAGCUCGAUGUUGACAACGAGCAGGCAGAACAGGUGGAUGAGAAACGCAAGAGCCGCAUGGACUUCUUCCAAGAGCUGAACAACGCGUGGUUGCCCUACCUGGAUGAGUACUACGAGACCUUGACCCCAGAGCUACGGAGCUUGGAUUGGCGAGAGGAGAACUUGUGGCGACUGCUGCCUCCGCAACGGCGCGAAGUCUAUCGCCAGUGGCUAGUCGAGGCGCAUGAAGAGGCACGGGGCAUUUUGCCUGAGCUCGCCCACCUCCUGGAGCGAAAUGCCGAAAGCAAAGCUGCUCUCGACCGGGACCGCAAGCUAGCUGUGCUUCGGGAAAUGCAGGUGGUGGGUAUGACAACCACUGCGGUGUCCAAGUAUCAGCAGCUCCUGAAGGAGCUUCGACCAGAGGUCGUCAUCGUCGAGGAGGCUGCUGAGGUUCUCGAAGCCCACAUUCUGACUGCGUUGCAUCCUCGUACUCAGCAUGUUGUUCUGAUCGGGGAUCACCAGCAGCUGCGCCCAUCCACAGCAGUCUAUCGCCUUUCCAAGAACUUCCACUUGGACGUGUCUCUGUUCGAACGUUUGAUCCACAACGGUGCAGCCCAUGUCACUCUUCUCCAACAGCGCCGCAUGCAUCCCAAGAUCUCCAGGCUGAUCAAGCCGCUAUAUCCACAGCUACGUGACCACAGCAGCACCGAGAAGUACCCUGAGGUUCGGGGAGUGGCCGCGAGAUGCUUCUUCAUGACUCAUUUCCACUUGGAGGAUGAUGAGGGCGAAAGUCACUCAAAGCAGAACACCUUUGAGGCAAACUUCGUAAGCGCUCUUUGCGCACACCUCGUUGCUAGCGGCUACGAGGAGGCGCAGAUAACCGUCCUCUCGCCGUAUUUGGGACAGGUACGACUUCUGAAAAGAAAGAUACAGCGAGACUCAUCUACGCAAGGGAUUGCCGUCACGGCUGUGGACAACUUUCAGGGCGAGGAAAACGACAUCAUAGUCAUCUCGCUGGUGCGAUCCAACAGGGCUCGCCAAAUGGGUUUUCUUGCGGUCGACAAUCGUAUCAACGUGGCACUGACAAGAGCACGUCACGGUUUGUUCAUUGUCGGCAACACGGAUAUGCUGGAAAAGCAUACCCUGUGGAGCCAGAUUUUGCACGAACUGAAGUCUGACGAGUGCUUGGCAGAAAAGCUGCCCAUUGUUGACAAGGAGCAGAACGGUCCAUUCGGGGUAAAAUCAGCGGACGAAAUCAGCGUCUUCCUGGACGACAAAAUCCACCUGACAG